CGGAGCUCGUCAUUCCUCGGAACUCCUUCCCGCAACCGACAACCCCAAGCCCUCCUCCGCCUCUCCUUUUGAUCGUCAUCGAUCCAUGCGAGCACCUUUUUUUUAUUUUAGUUUUUUCUUUUUCAACCCUUUUAUACUCCUCAGAUUUAUAGUGGUGGAAGCGUCUUUGGAUUCCUCCCAAAAGCGGAGAAAUCUUUUGAGUUUUUUGGGUGUUCUUUCUCAGUUUGGUUGGAUUGCUAAUGCAGGCGACGGAAGCUGAAGGACACCGAUUGAAGAUUCGAGCUCUCGGCUUGAUCGAAGGUGUCCGUUCGUAACCGGCGAUCGUGGUACGUCGAUUUCGACCUCGAGAGGUCGAAGAGGGGGAGUCCUUGUAAAUUGGUUGUUGUAGAAGAGGAUUCAUAUAUCGAAUUUGAGGGGAAUGACGGAUCGAUGGAAUAUGUUCUGGUUCCAUUUGCACAAGGUGUUAUGCGUGCUCCUGAUGAUCUACGUCAUCAGCAACGAGUGCAAGUCGAUUAAUCUCGAAGGUUGGAUUCUGGUGAAGGGUUGGCUCUGUUGGAAUUCCGGUCGAGAGUGGAGUCUGAUCCAUUUGGGGCAUUGCAGAAUUGGAAUCCCAGAGACGACAACCCGUGCUAAUGGACCGGUGUUCGUUGCGUCGAUGGAAAUAUCAAAACGGAUGCAAAAAUGUCAUCCGACAAUUGACAGACUGAUAGACCACUCCUGCACAACAAUUGUCUUAAAACAUGUAAUAGCUUUCAUUUUCUUUCAACCUUUCGCAAAAAUAUACUGUGCCUCCAACUAGUAUUGAUUCUCAAAAUUUGGAGGUAGCUUCUCUGAUGUCUGCAUCCUUUCAUGCUGACAUGAGCAGACUUUGCCAUAUAUCUGGAUGUAUUCUGUCAUGCACUUUGAUUAAUCUGAUAUUAGCUGAACCAUGACUUAGAAACUUCUCCUUGAGUUGCCUUAG